AUGGCGCCGCCCGCCGCCCGCCUCGCCCUGCUGCUCGCCGUCCCGGCGCUCGCGCUGUUGGCUCGGCCCGCGGGCGGCCUCGGCCUCGGACCCGCGCCCGGACCCGCGCCCGAAUGUUUCACAGCCAACGGUGCAGAUUACAGAGGAACGCAGAACUGGACGGCCCUGCAAGGUGGAAAGCCAUGUCUGUUCUGGAACGAGACUUUCCAGCAUCCCUACAACACUCUGAAAUACCCCAAUGGGGAGGGAGGCCUUGGUGAGCAUAACUAUUGCAGAAACCCCGAUGGAGAUGUGAGCCCCUGGUGCUAUGUGGCUGAACAUGAGGAUGGGGUCUAUUGGAAGUACUGUGAGAUCCCUGCAUGCCAGAUGCCUGGAAACCUUGGCUGUUACAAGGAUCAUGGAAACCCACCUCCUCUGACUGGCGCCAGUAAAACGUCUAACAAACUCACCAUACAAACCUGUAUCAGUUUUUGUCGGAGUCAAAGGUUCAAGUUUGCUGGAAUGGAAUCAGGCUAUGCUUGCUUCUGUGGAAACAAUCCUGAUUACCGGAGGUACGGGGAAGCAGCCAGUACUGAAUGCAACAGUGUCUGUUUUGGGGAUCACACCCAGCCCUGUGGCGGUGAUGGCAGAAUCAUCCUCUUUGACACUCUGGUCGGCGCCUGUGGCGGGAAUUACUCGGCCAUGACUUCGGUGGUCUACUCCCCUGACUUCCCUGACACCUACGCCACAGGGCGGGUCUGCUACUGGACCAUCCGGGUGCCAGGGGCCUCGCACAUCCACUUCCGCUUCACCUUGUUUGACAUCAGGGAUUCUGCAGACAUGGUGGAGCUGCUGGACGGCUAUACCCACCGUGUCCUGGUUCGUUUCAGUGGAAGGAACCGGCCACCUCACUCCUUUAACGUCUCUUUAGAUUUUGUCAUUCUGUACUUCUUCUCUGACCGUAUCAAUCAGGCCCAGGGAUUUGCUGUCCUUUACCAAGCUGUCAAAGAAGAACCACCGCAGGAGAAACCCACUGCCAACCAGACUCUGGCUGAAGUGAUCACGGAGCAGGCCAACCACAGCGUCAGUGCCGCCCGCUCCUCCAAAGUGCUCUACGUCAUCACCACAAGCCCCAGUCACCCACCACAGACAGUUCCAGGUUGGACGGUAUAUGGCCUGGCAACGCUCCUCAUCCUCACAGUCACAGCCAUUGUAGCAAAGAUACUUCUUCAUGUCACAUUCAAGUCCCAUCGUGUUCCUGCAUCCGGGGAUCUUAGGGACUGUCAUCAAGCAGGGACUUCAGGGGAAAUCUGGAGCAUUUUUUACAAACCUUCUACUUCCAUUUCCAUCUUUAAGAAGAAGCUCAAGGGCCAGAGUCAACAAGAUGACCGUAACCCUCUUGUGAGCGACUAAACGGCCUCUCCCCGCGCCAGGACACGGGUCCUCUGAGCUCCAGGUCACGGGGCCCUCUGAGCCAGGCUGCCAGGGACACCUCACUCCCCCAGUUCAAGUUCUGACUGACUCUUGUAUCUCCUUGGGCCUCUGCAAGGGUACCCGCCAAUGCACCAGUGGGGGCGCUCUAUUGCAGGACGGGGCCUGGCCUGGCUGCGUCCUGAUUCAUCUGCUGCACUUAAGAGAGAGACUCAAGGU